AUGAGCAUGGGGAAGGGCAAGAUGUGGUCGCAGGACCGCGCCAUGUCGACGGGCGAGGCGCCGCUGCCGCUGCUGAGCCCGCUGCAGAGCGGCCAGAAGGACAUCGCGCCCAUCUACAAGUUCGUGCUCACGGGCGGCCCGUGCGCCGGCAAGACCACGUCGCUCGACCGGCUGAGCACCUUCUUCCGGGACCGCGGCUUCCGCGUUUAUGUGGUGCCCGAGGCGUCCACGCUGUUGCAAACGGGUGGUGCCUUCUUCCUGGACCUCAAGGAGAAGGACAUUCUAAACUUCCAGUGGCAGAUUCUGAAUCUCCAGAUCUCGCUCGAGGACUCGUUCUAUUCUCUGGCCCAGGACAGUGGCAAGCCCUGCGUGAUCCUCUGCGACCGUGGAGUGAUGGACGGCUCGGCUUACAUGACGCCCGAGCAGUGGGAAGAGCUCAAGCUCGAGCACGACCUGGACACCGUCACGCUGCGAGACACGCGCUACAUUGCCAUUUUCCACCUCGUGACGGCCGCCGAAGGCGCCGAGAAGUUUUACUCUCUGGAGAACAAUGGGAUCCGCAUCGAGUCCAUUGAACAGGCUCGUGAGAUCGACGCGCGCACUUGUCGCGCCUGGAUCGGACACCCGAAGCUCUACGUCUUCGAUAACUCGACGACUUUCGAGGGCAAGAUGCAGCGUCUUGUGGACACGGCGGCAGGAUUGUGUGGCAUCCCCACCACCGUCAAGGCCUCCAGGAAGUACCAGCUGGCUAAGACGCCGAUCGAGAUCCCGUUCCACCACGAAGACUUCGAAGUCGAGAAGGUCUACCUCAAGCCCGAAUCUGCCAAAACAAGCAAGGACUAUUCGUUCGUGCGUUGCCGUUCGCAGUAUGGCAUCCCCGCCUACGGCAUGACUACCGUCCGCUACCUCGACACCGGCGACGCGGUGCACUUGAAGCGCGUCCUCAGCGCCCGCGAGUACUCGUACGCCGUACGACACCGCAGUGACCCGACGCGCAAUGUGAUCAAGCAGCAGCGCAUGUGCUUCCUGUACAAGAACCAGUCGUUCCAGAUCCACGUCUACAAGGAGCCCGUCGAACUCGCCGGCUUGGCUGUGCUGCACGUGCAGGCGUCGUGCGAGAACGACCAGGACAUCGUGAUGCCGUCGUUCCUGAACAUCGAAAAGGAGCUGCCCGACACCGACGAGUCCAUGUCUGCGUAUAAUGUGUCGAAGAAGGAUCUGGUGGAAGGUGAGAAGGAAGCAGCGCACGUGUAG